AUGGGAUCCUCCGCCGUGGUUCUAGAUUCAAAACCCGUCUCUGAACCGCUACCAUCCCUCCCCUACACAAAAUCUGAAUAUCUUUACACCGGCGACACAACCUCCGACAAAGAUGACCUCUACAGCUGCCUCAAAUCUCUGCAACGACAACUCGAGUUUAUUGACAUCCAAAAAGAGUACGUAAAAGACGAACAGAAGAAUCUCAAACGAGAGCUUCUUCAUGCACAAGAAGAGGUUAAGAGCAUCCAAUCAGUUCCACUUGUUAUCUAUCAAUUCAUGGAGAUGGUUGAUCAGAACAACAGUAUUAUUGGAUCAACUACUGAAUCUAACUACUAUGUGAGGAUUCUAAGUACUAUUAACUACGAGCUUCUCAAGCCUUCUGCUUCUGUUGUGCUUCACCAACAUUCUAAUGCGCUUGUUGAUGUUUUUAGGCUGAUUCCAGUAUUUCGCUCCUUAGCCAGUCUGAGAAGCUUGAUGUCUCUUACAAUGAUAUUAGAGGAUAUGAUAUCCAGAAGUAGGAAAUUUGUGAGGGUUGUGGGUUCUGAGUUUGUGCAGAAGUAUCUUAGCGAGGACCCAAGGAUGGUUCGUGAUGUCUUUCAUCUUGCAAAAGAGAAUGCCCUGCAAUUAUAUUUAUUGAUGAGACGAGCCAGUGAAGUUCUAUCAGAGCUUGGAUUAAUGAAGAAUCAACAAAAUUUUGGUACUGUUUCGGUGAACCGGAAAUCUGAAGUGAAAGAAGAUAUUUGUUAUACUAAUAUUUUGCGUUCGAGGAACAAGUUUGCAAACUCUCUUACUUUGUAUGAGCGUGUCUUGGAGAGUGAUGGUGUGAAUGUAGAGGCUCUGGUUGGGAAAGGGAUAUGCUUACAGAUGCAGAAUAUGGGGAGGCUUGCUUUUGAUAGUUUUUCGGGGGCGAUUAAUUGGGAUCCUCAAAAUGCUUGUGCUCUCACACAUUGUGAUAUUGAUACCAACAUAAAGCUUGCAGGAAACACACACGAGGGAAUUCAAAAAUAUUUUGAAGCUCUAAAAGUAGAUCCACACUACGCUCCAGCAUAUUAUAACCUUGGUAUGGUCUAUUCUGAAAUGAUGCAAUAUGACAUGGCCAUCACUUUCUAUGCAAAAGCUUUAUCAUAG